AGUCAUGCUGUUGAUUGAGUGUUGCAAAACACUGCUCCAAAGAAGGAAGCUGUGAAACUUGACAGGUUAAUGCUAAGGUAAUGAGUCGCCGGGGUCCAGUUUUCCUUCCUGUGUACACCAGAGAAUCCAAGCUGCACGUUUUCAUUCAAAUCCACAUGUGAAGAUGAGCGUCCCAGACUACAUGCAAUGUGCAGAGGACCACCAAACGGUACUAGUGGUGGUCCAGCCGGUCGGCAUCGUACCCGAGGACCAGUUCUUCAAGAUCUACAAACGCAUUGCCGGUGUGAGCCAGGUGAGCAUCAGGGACUCACAGCGUCUCCUCUACAUCCGCUACCGCCAUCACUACCUGCCUGAAAACAACGAGUGGGGAGACUUCCAGACGCACCGCAAGGUGGUGGGCCUCAUCGCCAUCACCACCUGCGCCUCAUCCAAGGAGUGGCCCCAGACUGCCGAGCGCUUCCACGGCCAGAAGGAGGUGUACAGCUCCACGCUGUAUGAUUCGCGGUUGCUGGUGUUUGGGCUGCAGGGAGACAUUGCGGAGCAGCAGCGUACUGACGUGGCCUUCUACCCCAGCUACGAAGACUGCUCUGAUGUGGAGAAGAGAGUGGAGGACUUUGUGGAGUCAAUAUUUAUUGUCCUGGAGUCCAAGCGGCUGGACCGCGCCACGGACAAGUCAGGUGACAAGAUACCACUGCUCUGUGUGCCCUUUGAGAAGAAGGACUUUGUGGGUUUGGACACAGAUAGCAGGCAUUAUAAGAAACGUUGCCAGGGACGGAUGAGGAAGCACGUUGGGGACUUGUGUCUCCAGGCAGGCAUGCUGCAGGACGCCCUGGUCCACUACCACAUGGCUGUGGAGCUGCUCAGGGGUGUAAAUGACUUCCUCUGGCUGGGUGCUGCGUUGGAGGGUUUGUGUUCAGCCUCUGUCAUAUUCCACUACCCUGGAGGCACAGCAGGGAAGACUGUAGGACGCAAGCCAAGCAUCUCCCAGCCAGCAGACGCAGGGAAACGCCACAGACCAGGGGCUCAGGAGGUUCUCAUUGACCCAGGUGCCCUCACAGCCAACGGCAUUAGUGCAGACACCAGCACUGAGAUUGGACGAGCAAAGAACUGCCUGAGUCCUGAGGACAUUAUUGAGAAGUACAAAGAGGCCAUCUCCUACUACGGAAAGUAUAAGAAUGCAGGAGUGAUCGAGCUGGAGGCCUGCGUGAAAGCGGUCAGGGUGCUGGCCAUUCAGAAGAGGGCCAGGGAGGCCUCCGAGUUCUUGCAGAACGCCGUUUACAUCAACCUGGGACAGCUAUCAGAGGAGGAGAAGAUCCAACGCUACAGUAUCCUGUCUGAGCUCUACGAACUGAUCGGCUUCCAUCGCAAGUCUGCAUUUUUCAAGCGUGUUGCAGCCAUGCAGUGUGUGGCUCCCACCAUCCCAGAGCCUGGCUGGAGGGCCUGCUACAAGCUGCUGCUGGAGACGUUGCCUGGAUACAGCCUGUCACUUGAUCCCAAGGACUUCAACAAAGGUACCCACCGAGGCUGGGCCGCAGUUCAAAUGCGCCUCCUACAUGAACUGGUGUACGCCUCCCGUCGCAUGGGCAACCCCGGCCUGUCUGUUCGCCACCUGUCCUUCCUGCUGCAGACCAUGCUGGACUUCCUGUCUGAUCAAGAGAAGAAAGAGGUGACCCAGAGUCUGGAGAACUACACCUCCAAGUGUCCAGGUGGAAUGGAGGUCAUCACCCUUCCUGAUGGCCUGAAGCUCCCACCGGUGCCCUUUACAAAGCUCCCCAUUGUCCGAUCAGUGAAGCUCCUCAAUCUGCCUGUCAGUCUGCGUCCUCACAAAGUGAAAGGCCUGCUGGGACAGAACAUGUCCACUGCCAGCCCCUUCAUCUACUCACCAAUCAUCAUGCACAACAGAGGAGAGGAGCGUUGUAAGAAGAUAGACUUCCAGUGGGUUCAAGGGGAUGUUUGUGAAGUGCAGCUCAUGGUCUACAAUCCCAUGCCUUAUGAACUACGUGUGGAGAACAUGGGUUUGCUGACCUCCGGAGUGGAGUUUGAAUCCCUGCCUGCUGCUCUGUCCCUGCCCGCGGAGUCUGGCCUGUACCCCGUCACUCUGGUUGGCGUCCCGCGUACAGCUGGCAACAUCACUGUCAAUGGUUACCACACGUCAGUGUUUGGUGUCACCAGUGACUGCCUGUUGGAGGGCCUGCCUGGUUUGAAGACUAGUGGCUGUUUGGUUGAGGUCAUUCCCUCGCUUCCUCGUCUCCAGCUCAGCACCUCACUCCCACGGUCAGCCCACACACCUCAGCCGAUGACCAAGGAGGAACUGUCCAGCACUGUGUCCGUCCAGCUUUUUAAUGGAGAGACCCAGCAGCUGACCAUCACCUUGGAGAACAUCGGAUCUGAGGACAUCGAGACUCUGGAGCUCACCUCUAAGAUUGUCAGCACCAAAGAGAAAGUGUUUGGGGAGUUUCUGAGCUGGGAGCUAGAGGAGGCUUUGUCUCACCUGCCUCUAAAACCUGGCCAGUCUGUGACACUGACUGUCGGCAUCAAAGUCAAGCUGGACUUCUCUGGGCAGGAGAACCUGCUGCAGGACCUCAACGACGAUGGGAUCAGUGUGACAGGCCUGCCAAUCUCCAGUCCGCUUCGUCAAGUCCUCAAACCCAGGGCCGAGACCAAGACUGUCAGCGAGUCGGGCAAGGCAGAGUACAGCCACGUUAAGACUUUGGAAGCAGUGCUGAACUUCAAGUACUCGGGAGGAGCAGGAAAGGUGGAGGGCUACUACAGGGACCUGUCUUUGGGGGUCCAUGUUGAUGUGGAGCCGUCUGUUUUCUUCACCAGAGUCAGCACCCUCCCUGCAACCAGCACCCGCCAGUGUCAUCUGCUGCUCGACAUCUUCAACCCAACAGAGCAUGAGCUUACCGUCAGUGCCAAGAACAACCAGGACCUGGUUCUCCAUGCCAGCGAGUGCCAGAGGAUGGCCAUCCAGGUUGACAAGUUUGACUUUGAGAGUCUGCCACAGCCAGACCAGGAGACAGCUCGCUUCACCAACCCCAAACAGCUGGAGGAGGAGCGACAGCAUGCCCAGGGCUGCCAGAUCAACAGCAAGCUGGGCAUCUGUUGGAGUAUCCCUUCCCUGCGGCGCCGUGGAGAGGCCAGUGUGGAGGGAGUCCUCAACCAGCUGGUCCUGGAGCACCUACAGCUUGCUCCUUUGCAGUGGGAUGUGUUGGUGAAUGGAAAGCCAUGUGACUGCGAUGUCAUUGCCGACUGUAAAGUGGGUGACGCUGUGAGCCUGGAGGUAAAACUGACCAAUCUGAGCAAGAAUUCAGUGGGGCCCCUGGCUCUCACUGUGGUGCCCUAUCAGGACUUCCAGAACGGAGUCCAGAACUACGAUUUGGAGGACGCCGUCACCUUCAUCGGCUCUAACACCUUCUACAUCGACACGGUUAAACCCAAAGAAAGCUCCGUCUGCGUGGGUGCCCUGCUCUUCCUCUACACUGGAGAUUUCUACCUUAAUAUCAAGUUCCAGGAUGACAGCGCUGGACGGGAGCUUCCUUUAGCUUGGUUCACUCUGCCCAGUGUCCACAUCCGAGCCAUGGACACUCCGCUACAGGCCGGGGCCUAAGGGCUCUGAAUGAAGGAUGGUUAUUGUUGAUCUUCUCUGUAAAUACACACAUGUAAAUAUCAUUUUGUUAAAUGUUCCAGCAUGUGUGCCGUGGAGUGCGAGGGGGAUUUCAAAUCAAAACACUUGAGUGCUUUGUUACAGUCCACCAGUGUGUCGAGGUGUUCGGACAGAACGUAAAGUGAAUCUUUAAUUUGAGUUAAGAAUAGAGCUCAUCCCGAGGCUUUAUGAAUCGACUCUGUAAACAUACAGAGACGAGGAGAAAAAUGACAGAAACAAGUGGAGUUUGUGGGGAGAUCUGAUAUCUUAGAGCACCAACUCACACAGACAUUCUCGUGCACAUUGUCAGUGUGAGUGUUGCUAUGUAGCUAAUGAUACGGCUAAUAUCUGUACAUUUGGCUGCUGUUUAAAAAUACUGUCCUGUGUGUAGUGCGAGGCAAAAUUCUUUUUUCUGAACACAUCUUAAAGGCUUGGACCUAAACCAAUUAAUUUCAGUGGAACUAACCCCUGGAGGUAAAGUAAAUUGUGCUUUCAUGUCGAGUUUAACGUUGAUCAAUAGCAACUGACAAUGCUGAUUUAUGAGGAAAUGGAGCCAGACAGUCCAAAAUGGAGAUAGGUAUCUUACUAGCUUGCACCAUGUUAUUUUACGCUGCUCUGCCGGAGUGCAAACUGUUCUGCUGAAGAGAUGCAUUAUGGUUAUUAUGGUUUGCAAGUGUGAGACAAUAAUGGAUGCUAGGAUUGCAUUUCCUGGAAUUAAAGGUGGGGUAAGCGAUUCAAGGUUCGAUUCUAAUCCCAAUACAUGUUUUUUUUUUUUUUAAUUCAGCAAAUAUCUGCUCACGUUGGGAAGCUUUCUGUUCUGUGUGUGCACUGAUAAAAUGGGAAACAACCAAAAUGGAUUAGACCAACACCGUUACUUAAUUUCAGCCAUUGCCAAGGUUUGUGUGCCAGGUAACGUUAAAUGACUCCAGCUAGUUUCUAGUAGAAAUGCUGUGUCAUCCUCUCUGCGUGUUAGCUUCACAGCUGACACUUUAGUGACGGUUUGCAAACCUACAACCUAGCUAACGUUAUUUUCCUUACUUGUCAUUGUUCGCUCUGUAUCAUAGUAUUUGUCAUGGUAUUGGAUUUCUCCAGAACUGCGUACCGCACCUUUAACUCUGUAAGUUAAAGGUCUAGUUUGUGCUGUGCUAGCUGUGAUAGUUUGCUAACUGAUAGUUAGCAAACUUCUAGCUAGCAAGCUAACUUGGCGAGGUGUUUGAUGCUGGCUAACAGCAGCCUGUUACGAGCUAGCUAGAGCAGUCGUAACUAAUGCUAUGUUACCAAGCUUCCAGCACCAACUAUUUAGCGGGAAAUAAGCAAACGUCCACCUUCUAAUAUCAUUGUCACUUCUUUUCUUAUGUUCAGCAGAUUGAUUUUUGAAUCACGGUGCCGUAUUCUCAGUGGAUUCUUUUGCUACCUUCUAUUUUGAUUGAGAUAUCUGUUGAAAGAAAAGUAGUGUUAUGGGAGAGAAGACCUCAAAGCUGCACACCAACACUGGAAACGUGGUUAGCCAGAAUCUAUAGCCACUUAUGUACGCUUCUAAUGUAUUUAUUUCUACUGCUGUAUGGACAGUCCCUCCUGCCUCUGUGCCACUACACUGAAUUACUGAUGAAUUUUACCGUCUUAGAUUAGCCUAUCAUUAUGUGUGGCCUAUUAUUGUUGUAAAUAAAUGUUAAAAGAAGGCAACCUUUGUUUAAGUUGCCAUUAUUCCAACACUUUGAA